GGAGGCAGGCAGCAUGGUAAACGUUACUUCCCUGUUCCUGCUCUUCCAGCUCAAAAAUGGCAGCCAUGGGACAGUGAAGAAGCAGUGACACAUCUUUGAGGUUUUACCAUGAAACCUCAUCGGAGACAGCAGCUGUUACUUCCGUACCUUUGAUAUGACAGCGAUAUAUUUUCGAGAAGGUGUCGUUUUACAAAGACAGUAGUAGGGAAACAUAUCAUGUUCAUCUCCGAGCUAAGCUAGCAAGCUACGAUUAGCUAGAUAAAUGAGCUCGUUUCCUCUGGCUCUCGAGAAAACAACGAAACCAGCCGCUCUGCAUACUGUGUACUGACACCGUGCAUGCUCAGUUCCAUCAUGGCCAUCACUCAGUUCCGCCUUUUCAAGAUCUGCACAUGCCUCGCAAGCCUGCUGUCUUUCUUUAAACGGUUGAUAUGCAGGACUGGAAGGGGGCGUAAACUCAGUGGUGAUCAAAUAACUGUCCCAACCACAGUGGAUUUUUCAUCUGGACCGAAACAGCCAGAGAUUGAAGAAUGGAGCUCUUGGGAUGAAGAAGCCCCCACAAGUAUCAAGAUCGAGGGUGGCAACGGGAACGUUCCCCCUCCGCCUAAUGAGGUAGAAGAAGAGCCGGAUUACUUCAAAGACAUGGCCCCUACCAUCAGAAAAACACAGAAGAUAGUGCUAAAGAAGAGGGAGCCUGUGAACUACCUGGUGCCUGACGGCUCAGCAGGUUUCUCCAGCAGACUGGCAGCCUCUCAGGACAUGAUGUCCUUCAUCCCACCAUCAGCUGAGUUGGGUGAAAUGGACAACUGGCAGGAGGACACUAAUGCCUGGGAGGAUGAGUCUGAUGCGGCCUGGGAGGCAGAGGAAGUGCUCAGACAACAGAGGCUGGCAGAGAGAGAAAAGCGCUCCAUGGAGCAGCAGAGGAAGAAGAUGGAGAAAGAGGCUCAGAGGAUGAUGAAGAAGGAGCAGAAGAUUGCCGUCAAGCUCUCGUAACAUAUCAGGAAUGCUCGGUUUUGAGGCCGAUGGCGGUGUCAAAGAAAGAUACUGAUUCAAUGAGUAUUCGAUCUUCAAAUCAUCAAACCAACCAGGAUCGUAUCCCAACGCUAGUCAUCUGAUGGCCAACAGUCCUCCUUCUCCACCCUGUUUCCACCAGCAGCCAUGUUAGUCACUGUUUUCCAGCCACAGCAAUGUGAGAUGCCAUAUUCUUUAGGGCAGAUUACACACCUGGUGUACUUGCUGUUCAUGUGGCAAGGUCAUUUUGGUUUUCAGGGAGAGUAGUAUUUGUACAAUUCAUCUUAGAUUAGGCUGAAAAGGACACAGCAUUAGAUGGCAUUCUGGUUUCAUCUAUUAGAUAGCUUAGCAAAAUGUUCUAUUUGGUUUUCCCAGGAACAGCUGUAAAUAAACAGGUACCUAUAGUACACUCUAAUAAGGAGUGUGAUCUCUUUUUCUUUGUCAUAUUUAAGGACACUCUAAGGACAAAGGAGUAAUUAAUUUUAAGCGUCACUGUGUACCAGUGGCAUCCCUUGGUUUGCUCAAUUGUUGUGUUUUAUAUUUAAUUUCUUUGGUUGUGUGUGAGCACUUUUUUUUUUUUUUUUUUUUUUUUUCCCAAAUCAACAUUGCUUAAUAUUCCAUGUACCCAUCUGUGCCGUGCAGUCCUUUUGACACUGGAAGUCUGCAUUGAAAUGAAAGCUGAAGAAUUGUGAAAUGUUUAUGGACAAAUGGCUCGAGAGACUUGAAUUUAGCCCUAUCACAGAUGUUAGCUGUGGGUUCCUAUGGUAACCUCAUGGCUACUUAUCUCUGCCAUACCUCUGUCAGCUGUUAAUGUCAAAUGAAAAUACUGUACCAUACAGUUUUAUCCCUGCACUACAAUACAAAAGCAUAGUUACAAAAAUUGCCCAUGUUUGAUUUUUUUUUUUUUUUUUUUUUUUUUUUUUUUUUUUGUGUUUUACUUUACUGAAUAACUUCUUGCACAAUUGAUGUGAUCCCUGCACAGACACUGAAACAAAGAGCACCAUUACAUUACAAUACGAGUGAUUUUGGCAAACGACGAUGGAAGCGACACGCAUUGUGUCUUGUUUCCUUCCUCACCUCAGCAUGGAGGGCUGACAGUGGGAGAAGCGUGUGACUGAGCAGCCUGUUACGCAUUACUUUUACAAAAUUAUUGGUCAGUGCUGGUAAGAUUGGUUGCAGUUGUCAUGGAAACCUUGGCAUGAGGAGAAAGAGCUGUAUGAAUUGAAAUGUGUGCCAAUGAUAUGCCUCGGUCUCUCAGGCCUUGCUCCAGUAAGUGUCUAUGAGGGAGGCAAGGGACAUUGCUACUGGUAUGGUAAUACUGAGUCGUGCUUAAUCUAUUAAAUAAUGAUGCUUAGAGAGAUGUGAAGUGUUUCUGAAGAUAAUACCAAUAAUGACGUGCAUGAUUAGGUUCAAGAAUUUAAAUGAAGGGAGGUUUUUAGCUUAAGGGAACUGAGCAAAGUGUACAUGGAUCUGCCCUGUUUUUUUCUUGCUCUUUUGCCAACUUUUACCACUGGGAAAAGCUGCAUGUCGCUCUGUUUUGUCAAUAAAGGUUCUGUUUUUAUUUUUGCACA